CCGAGCCCAUCCAGCCCAUUCCACCCGUGACGAGUCCCCGAUAAAAACCCUAGCGGUGUCCGUCCUCUCGAUCUCUCCCAUCCAGCCAAGGGUUUCCUCCGCCGCCGCCGCUGCUGCUUCCGUCGUCUCCGCCCGCCGAAGCCAUGCCGUCCCACAAGACGUUCCGGAUCAAGAAGAAGCUGGCCAAGAAGAUGCGCCAGAACCGCCCCAUCCCCUACUGGAUCCGCAUGCGCACCGACAACACCAUCAGGUACAACGCCAAGCGCAGGCACUGGCGCCGCACCAAGCUCGGCUUCUGAGCGGUCGGAGAGAUGCUAGCCAACGAUGCUUGGGGAGGAUUAGGGCUCUGCAAGCUAGGAAGCUCUUGUUUAAGAUUUUGCUUGUGUUAUUAAAGGGAUCUUAUCAGUUGUGCUUGUAGUAGCAUUCUGAGAAUAUCAUGUUUGUCUGAUGGUUAAAGAACAGCCUUUAUGUUAUGCUGAAUUUAUUUAACCUGCAGUGCCUUAAUUAAUUGAUCUCGAGCCAAUUAUUUCGCCA